AUGAGCCGGUCUAAGGAGCGAAGGCUUUUCUGGACGCUUCCUUAUAGUAAAUCGAUACUUCAGCGUGCGACGUACAAUGCCGGCCUCCUGACGAUCCAGGGGGUCUCCACCUGCCUCUACCUCUGUAUGGAUGCUUGCGGGUUCCAGUACGCUCAUAACUUUACGCCAUAA